UCGUUUUGGGUUAAACCUCUCCGUAUGAUUGUCUCCUGAUUUCUUGAAUCCUUCCAGAGUUAGUUAAAACUAGAGGAAGACAGUUGGACUCUUCCGUAUAAAUAAGGCCUAGAUUUUCAUUCAUCCACAUAAGAGCUUGUGAUCUCGAAUAGUGAAUAUUAACUCAGUAUCCCUUUGGAUUUCCUUAACUUCUUCAAAUCAUGAAACUGUUGGUAUCUUGUGUUGCUUUAGCUAUUUUCGGAUGUGUACUUUCUCAAGAAUUUGAUGGAUUUGACGGAUUUGAUACAUCUUCUUUCGAUACAUCAAAUUUUGGCGGCCAAGAUAUAUCUGGUUUUGAAGAUGGGAACUUCGAUGGUUUUGGAGAUGGUGGUGCUUCUUUAGGAGGUGGUGUUGGUGGCUUCGAAGGGGGAGAAUUUAAUCUUGGUCAGUUUGGUGCUAGCCAAUUUGAUGGUGAUUCUGGAUUUGGCGGAUUCCAAAAGAAAUAAAAGAACUAGUUGAUUAAGUCUUAAAAUUUGGAAGGAUCUUGUCUGUGAUCGGAUAAGAAUAAAUGUAGUGAGGGAGCAGUAUUAGAAAUUGAAUCAUCAUUACUUACAUUUGUACAUAUUGCUUAUUAUCAUUUGUAUCAGUAUUAAAAGUUCAAUAAUACCA